AAUGGUGGUGGGCUUCAUGUUGCAUCCAUUAGGAACCGGACCAAACCACUAGUGGUAAGCCAAAACGCCGAUGAAUCAGCACUGGGCAGUAGCCUUCGGUUUUCACCUGUGGACCCAAAAGAAAACACCGUUAGAUUAUCGGAUGAUAUGAACAUAAAAUUUACGUCUAUGGUAAUUUCUGAUUCGUCCACGGUGUGGAGAAUUAACACUGAAGUAAGUCCACAACGUUAUUUGGUGACUGUUGGUGGAGUUGAAGGAAAUCCUGGAAGCAAAACUUUGGUCAAUUGGUUUAGGAUUGACAAGUACGAGGAUGCUUACAAACUUGUGUAUUGUCCUGGAGUUUGCAAUCUUUGCAGACCAUUUUGUGGAGACAUUGGAGUACUUGUGGAAAAUGGGAAAAGGGUUUUGUUUGUUGGUAGAGAUAAACCUCUCAAAGUUAAAUUUCAUAAGCUUAAGAAUUAUUAAUAUUAUACUAUAGUACUAUGUAUGUAUAUGUGUGUGAUUUCACUAUAAUAUAAUAAGUCUGUAUCAGUGAAGAAAUAAGGAAGUAUAGUACUCUUCUAGUAGUUUGGAUAAUGUAAUAAUAGCAUAAUAAUGGCGAUCUAAAGUCAAAAAUUAAAAGAAA